GCGGAGGUGGUGGUAGGCAGUGCCAGUCACGGCGCGGAUGUGGUGGAGAAAGCCUCAAACAAGACGCCCGGGUUCCUGACUGGCUGAGUGAGGUUGAGUUGCGGAGGCGCUGGCGCGAACCUAUCAGGAGGGCCUCGGUCUUGUUGCCAUUCAGUUGGAGUUUAGCGUGUGCUAUUGUGGUCUUAUGCCCAGUUGCUAAAGCACUGAUAUGUGUUGAUGCCAAAUGCACAGCGGCACGAUGGAAUUUUUGAAUGGUGUGGGAGGAAAAGUCACAGAAAAGAUUUUAAUAACGACUGGUCUCACUUUAUUCAAAGAAUUUUUGGAGGCAGCAUUUAUAUGUCCGUGUGAUGGGCAUUAUAAUUGUUUCUACAGUCUCAUGUUCUUUUUCGUGCCUGUGAUUUCACUGAUCCUUUUUUACUUGAUAUCACAGAAAGUCUGCUCAGAUAAUCCGAAGAAACACAUUUCAACAGCACUUCUUCUUGCAUCGAUAUGGGCGACAUUACUUUUGGUAGACGGUGAUUAUGCGAUCUGCAUGUUUUCCACCGGGAAUAUCAGGACUGACCAGCUUCUCAAAAACAAUGGUCGAAAUCCAUGCAAACCGUCGGUUAAUCAAACGAUAGAAACUGCGGACCGACGAGCCGUCAAUGUUCUGCUGGGAUCGCAACUCUGUGGAGGACUCCUGCUUAUUGUGACCUUGGGAAUUUGUUUCAUUUUUACCUGCAAAGUGACUGAGACUGAAAGUGAAGCCACAGUCGGAGGAACAGAGAAUGGAAACACAGCGACAGGACAAACUGGGAGAAAAGACACAGACAGCAAUCGGGGAAUGGAGCCACAAGAUGCGGAAAGAAUAUCACUGAUAUCAUCCUAUAGCAUGGCACCCAUGGGCCCCAGCCCAGACCCGAGCCCAGCUCCCAGCCUGGCCCCCAGAUCAGCUCUGAGGCUUCCAAGAGGUGGCCCAACAGCACCCUGA